AUGUACUUGACCGUGACGUCUCGACCGGAUAUCUGUCCGGCGGUCAACUACUUCGCCAGUUUCCAAAGCAGUGCAACCGAGGAGCACUGGGUCCACUUGAAGCGCGUACUGCGGUACCUUCAAGGGACGCUGGACUACAAGCUGGUCUACCAGCGAACGGAUUCGGUGGUCGGAGUCGAAGCUUUUGCGGACGCUGAUUGGGGGAACGACCCCACUGACAGGAAGUCCGUGUCCGGGUUCGUGCUCAAGCUGCACGGCCAAACCGUGAACUGGUCGACGCGCAAGCAAACUUCUGUGGCGUUAUCGUCGACGGAAGCCGAGCUGAUGUCACUUUGCCAAGCAAGCUGCGAGGUGAUGUGGAUGCUGAACCUGCUGGCGUCCAUCGAGUACGAGGUGCCCCAUCCGGUCACCGUCUACGAGGACAAUCAGCCAUGCAUCUCUGUCACGGCUGAUCCACGCAAGCUGAAGAGGAUGAAGCACAUCGACGUCCAGUAUCGGUUCGUGAAAGAGCUGAUCGACAACGGUAAGCUGCGUCUGCAGUACCUAUCAACGGAGGAGCAAGUCGCCGAUCUCAUGACAAAGGGAUUAGCGGCACCACGAUUCAAGAAGCUGAGGGAGAUGCUAGGAAUAGCAAAUUGA